CGGAGAAGCGAGACCGUGGGCAGAGGACUGCCGGGGGCCAGCAGAAAUUCUGUCCCUUCUUCCCGCGAGCGCUUUCCCGCCCUCCAAACCCCAAUCCCAGGUAGGAUCGCUCUCUUGAGUCUGCCUGCGUGGACUGCGAGGACCAUAAAUAGAGGCGGAAGCGUUUAAAUAAGCCGUGUGUCCUAACCGUGCUUAGGUUUGUUUUACAGAGGUGGCCAUGGCCUCAUCGCCCACUCGGGGCCCCAGGGUUUCUGACUUAUUUUCUGGGCUGCCCCCGGCGGUCACAACUCCCGCCAACCAGAGCGCAGAGGCCUCGGCGGGCAACGGGUCGGUGGCUGGCGCGGACGCUCCAGCCGUCACGCCCUUCCAGAGCCUGCAGCUGGUGCAUCAGCUGAAGGGGCUGAUCGUGCUGCUCUACAGCGUCGUGGUGGUCGUGGGGCUGGUGGGCAACUGCCUGCUGGUGCUGGUGAUCGCACGGGUGCGCCGGCUGCACAACGUGACGAACUUCCUCAUCGGCAACCUGGCCUUGUCCGACGUGCUCAUGUGCACCGCCUGCGUGCCCCUCACGCUGGCCUAUGCCUUCGAGCCACGCGGCUGGGUGUUCGGCGGCGGCCUGUGCCACCUGGUCUUCUUCCUGCAGCCGGUCACCGUCUAUGUGUCGGUGUUCACGCUCACCACCAUCGCAGUGGACCGCUACGUCGUGCUGGUGCACCCGCUGCGGCGGCGCAUCUCGCUGCGCCUCAGCGCCUACGCGGUGCUGGCCAUCUGGGCGCUGUCCGCGGUGCUGGCGCUGCCCGCCGCCGUGCACACCUAUCACGUGGAGCUCAAGCCGCACGACGUGCGCCUCUGCGAGGAGUUCUGGGGCUCCCAGGAGCGCCAGCGCCAGCUCUACGCCUGGGGGCUGCUGCUGGUCACCUACCUGCUCCCUCUGCUGGUCAUCCUCCUGUCUUAUGUCCGGGUGUCAGUGAAGCUCCGCAACCGCGUGGUGCCCGGCUGCGUGACCCAGAGCCAGGCCGACUGGGACCGCGCGCGGCGCCGGCGCACCUUCUGCUUGCUGGUGGUGGUCGUGGUGGUGUUCGCCGUCUGCUGGCUGCCGCUGCACGUCUUCAACCUGCUGCGGGACCUGGAUCCGCACGGCAUCGACCCUUACGCCUUUGGGCUGGUGCAGCUGCUCUGCCACUGGCUCGCCAUGAGCUCGGCCUGCUACAACCCCUUCAUCUACGCCUGGCUGCACGACAGCUUCCGCGAGGAGCUGCGCAAACUGUUGGUCGCUUGGCCCCGCAAGAUCGCCCCCCAUGGCCAGAAUAUGACCGUCAGUGUGGUCAUCUGACGCCACUUAGCCAGGCCUUGGUCAAGGAGCUCCACUUCAAUUGGCCUCCGAGGACACCACUCGAGGUCAACCUGCAGAGCUUAUUCUCAGCACCAGAGCAAGCUAAGCCAACAUAGGGCAACAUUUCCAGCCCAGCCCUCUUGUCCGGCUGUCUGUCUUGUUCUUGUGUCUUUGUAAAAUGUUAAGCGGGCUUUGGUGAGAGUCUUGCUCUUUGUUUGGGGGAGCCAGAGAGAGGGAAGAGGAUUUAUUAUUUCUUCUUUAUGCCCUUGAAGGACCAACAAAACUUUUUCUCCACGUUCAGAAAAGUAUUUCAGAACCAUCAUUGCCUUCCUGGCGCCCUCUCCUCCUGCUCGUUGGUGAAAUGAACAAUAUGAAUGGGAUUUAAAAGGAAUGCGUUGGGCUUGGUAAAGAUUUUCAGUUUGCCUGGGAAUUGAACAAUGAGAACACAUGGACACAGGAAGG